AUGCAUUGCAAGAUGUAUGGAGAUUUCAGAACAGAAGAAAGUCCAACUACUUUCGAAGAAGCUGUGAGAGUCUACAAACAGCUACCAUCAUUGAUUGGGGACAAGGGUCAGAACGCAGUUGCUGUCCAAGUAUAUUUACACCCGCUCAGUGAAAUCGAUAGCAAGGGGCAACGAAUGGUUAGAGAAAUCAGUGCCAAUUAUAUAAACAAGACGUGUGAGAUUCAAGAGCACAUACAGUGUAUCGAGUCUAAGUGCAGCGAGUUAUUGAGAGAGAAUGUUUGUUUGUCGUUCUCUCGAGUCAAGAAGCAAUUAUCAAGUUUCAAAAGCAAUAUCUCGAGCUACAAGAUCUCUUUCCAGAAAAAGUUGUUGCCUUUGCUUCCCAGCAUCAGAGGAGGCGGAGCAGAAGAAUCAGCACUUGGCGAAAUCUUUGAAGAAAAAGAGCGUUCCCCCUUCGCACAAACUUGCAUUGAUGCAUGGAUCGAGGAAAAAGAGAAUGAGAUGAAGAGAUUGCAAAUUAUGAUCGAUGUCUUGGGAGACACUCCUUUCGUUAACCCUGAAGAUGUAAAAAAUGAAGCGUUCAAUCUAAGCAAUGACCAUGUUGUGUGUUGUACAUUUAAGAUUGGAAAGGAGGACGAUCCCCAGAUUUUGAGUAUGGAUGGGUACCUCACAGGAAAAGUUCUGCCAGAGUUGAAGAAAAAGGCAUCAUCAAGUACUGAUGACAAGAAUGUAAGAAAAAGAAUCCGCCAGACACUGAAACAGUUCUCAGAACUGAAAUCUGCAAAUGAAGACAACAAAGAAGUGAAGUUUUUCGCCACAAAGGAGUGUCUGUCUGACAAUUUCAGUGGAAACCCUGGAGCCUUCAUCUAUCUGUACGAGGAGGGCGAACUAGAAAAUGAUGAUUUUAAGUUAUCACCAAAGCCAGAAAACCUAGAAGCAGAGAGCGUGGGAGACGAUUCAAUCGAGCUUUGGUGGAAUGAUCCGCACUGGAGCGAGAACAAGAUUGAAACGUACAAAGUUCAGUGCAAAAGAAAUGAAGCCAACUCCGACUGGAUCACUCAGUACACACCGUGUGGAAAGGAAGCUAAGAAAACUGCUACCAUAUCGGGACUUCAACCAGCUACCAGCUAUCUAGUGCGAGUAUGCGCUGUGGGGCAGAUUGUGGUUAGCCAGUACAGUAAUACUUUGUCUGCAACUACGAAACCAACAAGU